AUGGCCAUUCAACAGUUCUUGAAUGAUAGUCCUUUACUGCUUUUGGGAAGAAUUCUCACGCAGUAUGUGUGUGUGUUUUGGGGUAUUAGUAUGGCAUGCUAACUGUGAUUUCUAUUCAUUGCAGGGGAAAUCUUAUCAUUAGUAUCAAGAUAUGGCUACCUCUAGCUCUCCAAGGGGCCGACAAAACUAUGCAACGGCAUUGCAGUUUGGACCAACUCAUGUUAAAAUGCCAAAAGGGAGACACCAGGCAACAAUAGUAUGGCUACAUGGCCUUGGUGAUAGCGGUUCUAUAUGGGCAGAGAUCUUGGGAAGCUUUCCUGUUCACAAUGUGAAGUGGAUCUGCCCUACUGCCCCUACUCGCCCCGUUCCUAUAUUUGCUAGACUUCCUGGUCGCGCUUGGUUUGAUCCAAGAGACGUAUCUGAGGAAGAUACGUCUCCCGAUUCACAAGGACUGAAUGAAACAGCUGCACUCAUUGCACAGAUCUUUUCAAGAGAGCCUUGUGAUGUCAAACUAGGCAUCGGAGGAUUCAGCAUAGGCGCUGCAGCUGCUCUAUAUGCGGCCACACACUACAUUCUUGGCGAAGAUGGUAGCAGACUUCAGUUUCUGGAAAACUUGAGCUCUGUCAUAGUUCUUAGUGGCUGGCUUCCAUUUUACAAGUCAUUGAGGCGCAAAAUGGAUGGAUCGAGCCUCAGCAACGUGCUUCAUGUGAAGCAACUGCAUGUUUUCUUAGGCCAUGGCACAGAGGAUGAGGUGGUGAGCUUUGAACAUGGGGAAAAAUCUGCCUGCAUUCUGCAUUCAGCUGGAUUUCAGAACCUCACUUGGACAAGAUUUGAAGGGCUUUGCCAUGAUACAUGUGGUGCAGAGAUGCUAGAAAUGUGCAGCUGGCUUAAUGAGGCUUUGAAGCUGCAGGGAUGGUAGGAGACUUACUUACAUGAUACAUACACACAUAUGAAUCUUGAUAUCUUCAUUCUUUCUUAGUUUGCUACCAUUCUUGCAAGGAAACAUCUUAUCAUUCUUGAAAUUGUUUGAUAACAGUAGAAAUUUCAGGUUAAAAAAAUAACAUUUUUUUAGUAUUUUUUGGUUUCUAUUGUGCAUUCUCUCAAUGAUGAUAUAAUUCUGUAAUAAUCUGUGUGGAGUAUUAUUUUUUUAGUA